AUGGAGAGGAUCCCCACCUGGGUGAUCCCCAUCUCCCUCCUCCUCCUCCUAAUCUACUCGACCAAUGCAGAAAAGGAAGAUGUGAAGGUCUCCCUCGUCAGUUUUCUUCGUAAACUUUCCGGUAACAAUUCCCGAAUCGAUCUUGAUUUGCGAUGGAAUACUUCCACUGAUCCAUGCCUCAAUGGUUGGGAAGGUGUGGAUUGCGUGGGUACAAAUUCAGUGCAAAAAAUAAUCCUCGAAGGUCGUGGCCUGGACGGGUCUAUCGAUGCCAGCCUCCUCUGCAAGGCAGAGUCACUCGCAGUAGUGAGCCUCAGGGACAAUGAACUCCAUGGACAGCUCCCCCCCGAGAUCUCCAAUUGUACCGAACUGACCCAUUUGUAUCUCGGCAGUAACCGUCUCUCAGGAAGCCUUCCUUCUUCUCUCUCCCUCCUGAGCAAUCUCAAGAGGCUCAACAUCUCCUACAACAACUUCUCAGGGGAGUUGCCGCAGGACUUGCCGAGGGUAUCAGGCCUCAAAACCAUCCUCGCUCAGAACAACAGCUUCAAUGGGACCAUCCCCCAGUUCGACUUCGGCAACCUCCAGGAUUUCAACGUCUCCUACAAUCGCUUAUCCGGUCCGGUCCCUGAAGGCGCCGAGCACCUUAGCGCAGAAAGCCUCGUGGGUAACCCUGGCUUGUGUGGGGAACCACUUACCGUACCAUGCCCACCGCCACCGGCCCCAUCACCUUCUCAUCAGGGGGGAAAUAAAUCGAACAAGUUAUCUGCAGAGAAGGUCGUUAUGGUUUCUGGCUAUAUUGCUCUUGGUCUUGUCGUCUUACUCUUCUUCACGUACAAGUUGGUCUCCAGAAGAAUGGCUGAUGCCAAGAAGGGUGGUUAUGAGAAGAAGGUGGCGGACAGUAGUGGCAAGAGUUCGAGUGGGAAUAAGAAUACACCAAGCAGAUCGGAGUACUCUCUUCCUACAUCGAAUGAGAGUGCUGCUGCGGUGUCAUCGUCGCUGGUGGUUCUGGUGAAUCCAACAACGAAGGAAUUGAAGUUUGAGGACCUGUUGAAGGCCCCUGCCGAGUUGCUGGGGAGAGGGAGAUUUGGUAGCCUUUAUAAGGUGAUGUUUGAUGAUACUACUGCUUUGGCUGUGAAGAGGAUUAAGGAUUGGGCAAUUUCGCCAGAAGAUUUCCGCAAGAGGAUGGAAAGGUUAGACCGAGUGAAGCACCCGAACGUGCUGUCGGCCGUAGCAUUUUAUUGCUCGAAGCAGGAGAAGCUGCUGGUCUACGAGUAUCAGAAGAAUGGAAGCCUCUUCAAUCUCCUUCGUGGCAGCCAAAAUGGUCAGGCUUUUGAUUGGGACAGCAGGCUAAGUGUGGCUGGUGGCAUUGCUGAUGGCCUGGCUUUCAUGCACCAAGAUCUCCGUGAAGAUGGGAUUGGCCAUGGGAACCUCAAGUCUUCCAACAUUUUGAUCAAGACUAACAUGGAACCUUGCAUCAGUGAAUAUGGCCUAACGACCACAAACAGCCACCAAACCUCUCCAACUCCAAGCAAUAACACUCAAGUCUCCAUCCUUAAGGAUGACAUCCAUAACUUGGGGAUCAUUCUUCUCGAGCUGUUGACAGGGAAGGUGGUUCAGAACAAUGGGUCCGAGUUAGCUCAAUGGGUGAACUCUGUGGUUAGAGAAGAGUGGACUGUGGAGGUCUUCGACAGGGCUCUUCUCUCCGAGGGAGCAAGCGAGGAGCAGAUGGUGCAACUGCUUCAGGUGGCGCUUAAGUGCACAAAUCCCUCCCCUGAUGCCAGGCCAAGCAUGAACCAAGUUGCUGCCACGAUCGAGGCCAUAAAAGAAGAGAAUGAGAGGUCUAUAUACUCUGAAUCCUGAUGCAGAAUGAAUGAUCUGAGGGACGGCAUUCAUUAGAUGAGCAUUAUUCUUCUAUUUCCUUUUGAGAAAGAAGGGUGGGAGCAUCAGAUGAGCAUAAUGAUCUUCAAAAUAUAUAUGCUGCUGGUUGGUAAUAAGCUUAUGAGCAUUCUGCAGCUUCAUAUAGGCCUUUGAAUGUUUGCAAAUGUUUAGUUCCCAUUGAUGUCACUGAACAUACAUCUCUUUAACCUUAAUUACUUUAUAAAUGUUGCA